AUGAGGCGCGAAGCAAAGAGCUUUACAUGCAAAGAGCACUGCUUGACCAAAAGCACAACAGUCAAGCUGGCCUUGGAGAGCAGCUGCACAGGGCAGUACGAGUGUAUCCCCCUCCACAACGCCUCUGCAACACCCGCACAGCUAAUCCCUAAAGAUGCUAUACUAUUCCAAGAGACGCAGCCCGGGGUUCCGCUCGACUCAAGACCCAGGAGGCAGGCGCGAGGCGGCAGCCAGCAUCCAGCCUUCAGAGGUCUCGCUGGUGAGGUCAUAAGUGUAUCAAAAACCACACUUCCUUUCCCCUCUCUCUCUCUCUCUCUCUCUCUCUCUCUCUCUCUCUCUCUCUCUCUCUCUCUCUCUCUCUCUCUCUCUCUCUCUCUCUCUCUCUCUCUCUCUCUCUUCGACCACGAGCACAGGAUGGCCAUGUUCCUGAACCGCGUGCAGCGCCACUUGGUCGCCCCGCGGCAGCCUCUGGCGGUGCUUUACCGCCGUGCGUUGAGCCGUGCCACUCCGCUUUGGGCAAACAAGGAUGAUGAGGAUGUCCUGGCUGCACUGCAAGGUAUUGCCCUGGAACCCCAGACUGAGACAACCAGCGCCCAACCUCGCGCUUCGACCGAGCCGAGCCCUCAAAGUGCAGCGGAGGUCACGGAGGGGGCCGCUUCCGAGGCAGGCAACCUCUCCACGAUGCUGAAGGACAACGAUAAGAAGGGAGAAACUCCCAAUUCAAUUCCGUCCUGGGCCCGCCUGGCCACGUUGUCCGGUGCGGCCGCCCCUCGUACGCAGGAUCUGCGCGCUGUGCUGCACAAGGCUGCUGAUCAAUGGAAUGCGCGCCGCGCGCUCCCCAAGGCUGACUUGAGCCGUUUCCCGGGUGGCAUGGACAAUGACGAUGCUGUCUAUGCUCUGGGACUCGUCGAUGCCUCGCUGUCGGUCGAGGAGCAAAUCAAGGCUCACACGGACUUUAGUUCACAGUUGGAAGAGCUCAAAUCUGAGCCCGCCUACGCCCGUUACUUUGGUCAUCUUUCUGCAACGGCCCUCGGUCGCAACCCUCAUAUGAGUGCUGAGCGCAAGCGGGAAAUUCUGCAAAACAUCUUCACGGAGCUCAAGGGGGCCAUUGCCGCUCGCAAGGCCACUGCAUAAUGCAGUUCACACCCACCUAGCAGUCGUCAUCUGGCCCAGUCUCCUUGCAACCUUCCGUCUCACAAUAGCCGCUCCUCUUUAUUCUUUCAUGCUGACGCUGUGUGUGCCCUGUGCGCAAAACACAGCAUUCGUCCCUUGACCAAACUUCUUUCACCUCACUCCGAUGCAAUGACCUUGUCUUCAUCCAUAAAUGAAUUUUCCCCGACCCCUUCCUGUAUCCCUUGUUUUCCCUUGCUCCCUCGCCCCCUUUUUUCUCCCCUUUCCACCACUCUGCCUUCGUUUUUUAAAAGAACAAUUGUAUCCCACUGAAUCCUG